AUGUUUUCUGCCAGGAAAAGUUCAGUUGGAUGGCUAGUGUCGUCACUAGCCGUGUUUUAUGUGCUUUUGGCCGUUAUAAUGCCAAUUGCCCUAACGGGCUCUCAGUCCUCGCGAGUUGUAGCUCGUGCUGCUGAAGAUCACGAAGAUUAUGGUACCGUUAUUGGUAUCGAUUUGGGUACCACAUAUUCUUGUGUUGCUGUGAUGAAAAAUGGUAAAACUGAAAUCCUAGCCAAUGAGCAAGGUAACAGAAUUACUCCAUCUUACGUUUCAUUCACUGACGAUGAAAGAUUGAUCGGUGAUGCUGCUAAGAACCAAGCUGCAUCUAAUCCAAAGAACACCAUUUUUGAUAUCAAGAGAUUGAUUGGUCUACAAUACAACGAUCCAACGGUUCAAAGAGAUAUCAAGCAUUUGCCAUAUACUGUGGUUAACAAGGGCAAUAAGCCAUAUGUUGAAGUUACUGUGAAGGGUGAAAAGAAAGAAUUCACUCCAGAAGAAGUCUCUGGUAUGAUUUUGGGUAAGAUGAAGCAAAUCGCUGAAGACUACUUGGGUAAGAAAGUUACUCAUGCGGUUGUCACUGUACCUGCUUACUUUAACGAUGCUCAAAGACAAGCCACUAAGGACGCAGGUGCCAUUGCUGGUUUGAACAUUUUGAGAAUCGUUAACGAACCUACCGCUGCAGCCAUUGCUUAUGGUUUAGAUAAGACAGAAGACGAACACCAAAUUAUUGUCUAUGAUUUGGGUGGUGGUACCUUCGAUGUAUCUUUGUUGUCUAUUGAAAAUGGUGUCUUUGAAGUUCAAGCUACCGCUGGUGACACUCAUUUAGGUGGUGAAGAUUUCGACUACAAAUUAGUCCGUCACUUUGCUCAGCUGUUCCAAAAGAAGCAUGACUUGGACGUCACCAAGAAUGAUAAAGCCAUGGCUAAGUUAAAAAGAGAAGCUGAAAAAGCCAAGCGUUCUUUGUCUAGUCAAACUUCUACCCGUAUUGAAAUAGACUCUUUCUUCAACGGUAUUGAUUUCUCUGAAACAUUGACUAGGGCUAAAUUCGAAGAAUUAAACUUGGCUCUAUUCAAGAAGACUUUGAAGCCAGUAGAAAAGGUUUUGAAGGAUUCUGGUCUACAAAAGGAAGAUAUCGAUGACAUCGUCUUAGUCGGUGGUUCUACAAGAAUUCCAAAGGUUCAACAACUAUUGGAGAAGUUCUUUAACGGUAAGAAGGCUUCCAAGGGUAUCAACCCAGAUGAAGCCGUUGCAUACGGUGCUGCUGUACAAGCUGGUGUUUUAUCUGGUGAAGAAGGUGUCGAAGAUAUCGUCUUGUUAGACGUUAAUGCCUUGACUUUGGGUAUUGAAACCACUGGUGGUGUCAUGACUCCAUUGAUCAAGAGAAACACUGCAAUUCCAACCAAAAAAUCUCAAAUUUUCUCUACUGCAGUUGACAACCAAAAGGCUGUUAGAAUUCAAGUUUACGAAGGUGAAAGAGCUAUGGUUAAGGAUAACAACUUAUUGGGUAAUUUCGAGCUAAGUGAUAUUAGAGCAGCCCCAAGAGGUGUUCCACAAAUUGAGGUCACAUUUGCUUUGGAUGCUAAUGGUAUCCUAACCGUUUCUGCCACCGAUAAAGACACUGGUAAGUCCGAAUCUAUUACCAUUGCCAAUGACAAGGGUAGAUUGUCUCAGGAUGAUAUCGACAGAAUGGUCGAAGAAGCUGAAAAGUAUGCAGCUGAAGAUGCCAAAUUCAAGGCUAAGAGCGAAGCUCGUUAA